AAACAUCAAAUAGACAGAAGUCAUAUUAGCAGAGUAAAUGACUCUCAGGCUUUAGACAGCCAGCGUAAAACUGAUACAAGUAAAAAAUCUGUAAAAUGUGACACUUGUGGAAAAACCUUUCAGUGUAAAUCCAACCUGACUAAACAUCUGAGAACACACACAGGUGAAAAGCCACAUUCGUGUAGCAUCUGUGGAAAAGGAUUUAGUCAGAUGGCAAACUUGAAAACACACAUGAGAAUUCACACGGGCGAGAAGCCACAUUCUUGUAACACCUGUGGGAAGAGAUUCAGUCAUAUGAUAACUUUGAAAACUCACGUGCAAAAUCACACAGGUGACAAGCCGCAUUCUUGUAACACCUGCGGGAAAAGAUUCAGUCGUAUGAUACACUUGAAAACUCACAUCAGAAUUCAUACAGGUGAGAGGCCGCAUUCGUGUAGCACCUGUGGUAAAAGAUUCAGUCAGAAAUCAACACUGGAAACUCAUGUAAGAAUCCACACAGGUGAGAAGCCACAUUCUUGUGCGAUCUGUGGGAAAAGAUUUAGUCAGAUGGCAAACCUGAAACGACACAUGGGAAUUCAUACUGGUUAAAGGUUACAAAUGAGUGAGAGCUGUCAGACAUGGCAGUGUGCUGAUGAUAGAGCCCACGCUGGUGAAAUGUGACCUCAUAUUCAGGUUGUCAUGUGCAGAACUCUCAGAAUUGUUUAUUUGGCUUAUUGUUAUGAUGCAUGGGAACCUUUUUUUUAUUGUACUUUAAAAAAAAAAAAAAAAAUUGUGACGUGGUGACGAGAGAACAUAGAAAGUGACAUAACUGCUGUUAAUGUGAAGUAGGCAGGAUGCAACAAACUUUUUCCAAGUUUAAGAUGAGUAAUUGACUGAAGACAGUACUGGAUUUACAAUUGACAACCAGAGCCUGGAAUGUGUGCAAGCAACUAACUGGCAACCCUCGGCUUAAUGAAACUGGUUUUGGGUACAUGUGGUGGGGAAGAAUCCUGAGCUGGUGGUUGAGGUCAAGAUAUACCUCUAGAUAUAGUUGGGCUCCCCUCAAUGCACAGCUUGGGUUGUACAACCAGUCUCCGGGAAAGUACUACUCUACUACUCUACUCUGGAGUUUUCCAGGUAUACUUGUCUCCUUCUGGUUCAACAGUUGUUUUGGGCGUUUUUUUCCAGUGAACAAAACAGUUGGUUCCCUGCACCUUUGGGUUGGCAAACAUUUCCUGGCUGAUGUCUGUGCUUACAUGCCGAAUACUAUCCGAGAACUAUUCAGCAUGUACCUGGGCUACUUAGGGUCCCCAACACUCAACAUAAGAAGUGAAGCAAAACCUGCAGGGGUGUGAUUGAAGGGAAUGGCCUGUCCAGUCUAAAUCCAAGCAGUGCUUUGUCAGACUUCUGUGAUAAUCAUAUUUUAUUCAUAAUCAACACCAUGUUCAAACAAGUGUGUCUAUGAGUGCACAUCGCACCUGAGGCAUUCAUUGCUGAUCAAUUUUGUAAUAUAUAGUGAGGUCUGCAGCUGUAUGUUCUGAACUGUCAGGUUAUGAGAGGAGUGCAGUUGUCAGUUGAUCAUUAGCUAGUGGUGAGUUGGAGGACGUGGUGGGGAAGGAUGCCAGACAGACCUAGUAUAUCAUACUGUAGAUGUGCUGAAAGCAUCUGGUAGAGGUUCCAGUUCACAAGAUCUUCAACUCUGAGAGCUUUAACGGCAUUCUGAUGAAAGCUAGGGACAUUGACUCCGAAUGGACUGUUUCACAUGUUUUUCAGUCUCAGAGUAGAGCUCCUACUCCCCAAAUAUCAAAAGAAGACAUUUAAGGUGAUUUUGGGCAUAUAACCAGAAAGCAUUCAGUGUGAAGUGUUCUGGGCACUGCAGGAUGUGGCCCCAGGAGAAACAAUGGAGAGAUAUCUCUCAGCUGGUUUGGGAACUCAUUGGUGUCCCUUAGGAAAAGCUGGGAGGAGAUGGCUGGAAAAAUUCAACUCUGGGUAUCUCUGCUUACACCUGCCGCUAUACUUGCUGCUGUGACCAAUACCCAGAAAAGUGGAAGAAAUGGAUUACCUGUGCAACUGUCAAAAAUUACAACUCUGGCUCCUUAAAGUAAAAUGUAAAGAAAUCAGAGGUGCUCAAUACAUUUGCACAGUACUGGUAACUGGUUUUGUUUUACCUCCAUUUUAAUUUUCUACUGUAUUUUUAAUUGUGAUUUUUUGAAUAGUUUAUAAAUUUUGUUGUACAGUACUUUGUGAUUACAUGUCUGUGAAAAGUGCUAUGUAAAUAAAUUUACUGACUGUAGUUAAUCAGCCAAGUUAAUGAAGGGAUUUUUCUUCCUUUGCUUAAUUUUUUAAUCUGCUCAAUUUCUUUUUAUUUGUUUUAGUUUUACAGAUUUGGGUGAAAUAUGUUUUAGAGUUUUGACAUUGUAUUAUUAAAAUCUGUCAGUUUCUGACAGAAAUAAUGAUGGACACUAUAGGAGACACCUUAGCAUCAUUAAACCAGUAUGUCAGCUUUUGGGAGGAAAACAUAAAAAGAAAAAUGAAUGAUUUAAAUCUUUUUCUUUCAACUACUCCCUUUAGGGGUCACCAGAGUGACUCGUCUUCCAAUAUCUCACAGUUUCUAGCAUCCUCUUCAGUUAUGCCAACCCUCUUUGUCUUUUUCUUCACUACAUACACAAUGAAUAACAUCAGUAGUGUUUGUGGUAAUCAUUAGAACACUUUAUCAUCUUCCCACAAAAAUUUGUAUUGAGUUCCCUUUAGUUUUCAAACAACACAGACAUGAGAUGUUGGUUUUCUAUGCUAAAUAUAAGUUAGCUACUGAGUUGUGUAAAACUGCUCCCACACAUCCAGACUCACUAAACAGUUUAGCCUUUGAACAAAAAAUUCUGUUUUGUUUUGUUUUUUUUUUGUUUUUUUGUUUUUUUGUUUUUUUUCUUAAAUACUUUUCAACCUUGUAGCAGGGCGGCCCUUAGCAGCUGGAAUCACAGUGAGAUGAACCAAGGCAAGUGUAGUGGACCAAAAAGUAUUUACUUGCCAUACAGCUCUCCUUACAAAUAAUUCACUCGUCGAGCUUCUUCACAGCACAAUCAACCCUCUAAUGACAACCGGCAGCCUUAAAUAUGUUCAGCUGUCACAGACUAAACCAUUAUUCCACUCAGGUAAAUUCUUAAAUCCCAACCUUCCACCGCAGUAUACAAUAUAUCAAUUUGAAUAAAUAAAUACAUAAAUACAUUUCACAUUUUUAUAGUAAUAAAUAUGUCACACUUUAAUUUCACACCAAACCCAAUAUUAUAAUAACCCAAAAACGCAAGCACAAAAAGAUUCCCCACACUCCCUUAACCCAUGGUCUCUCCCGGAAACUUUAACUGGUGUCUGGAUCCCCAGGGAAACAUUUGCCCAAACACCUUGAAGAAGAUACAGGCAAGAAAGGUGAGUAAUCAUAUCUUACAAACACUUAUUUGCACCACUUUUAUUCCUAGAAUUCCCACACACACGCGUUAGUUUUCCUUACUGGUAAACCUUAAUCACAAUCACCAUUCCUUUCUCCUCACAGACAACCACCACAUUCCUUGAUGAUGAGCAGCUAUGCAGGAUCUGAAACAAGGCUACCAACUGAUUUUAAAAUUCCCAAUAAAUAUUCAAUAAAUAAUUAAACUUCUUGUGUGCAAAUGUUUUACUCUGCAAGUCCAUGCUUAAAGUGCAAUGCUAAAUAAAGUGCUUGAUAAGGUGCUUUUAAUAAAGUGAAAGGUGUGCUCUAAAGUGCUAUACAGAUAAUGAUAUAAAUAAAUGUAGUAAGGGAGUCCUCUUCCUUACAAACCUAUUUGAUUGAUUUCACUUCGCUUGCGUUUUACUUUCUGUAAAUUAAAUCUGUCAUCAUUGGGGAUGGGAGUCAAUAACCGGUUUUCAAUAGUUAAGUUCCUUGGAUUUGUUAAUCUCCUUGCCUGUUGAUUCUGCUUAUCAGUUCCACUACAGAGUGGAUAUGGACA